AUGUGUUGAGCGCUAAGCAAGCGCUGCAACGCCUGUACGAACUCGCAACUAGUUUGUGCUCGAACGUGAAUAAGCGCGCAUCGGCGAGCAAGUGUGGGCACGCGAAAACGAGUUUGACGGCCGGCAGCAGCAGUGGCGGCGACGCAAUCGAGACGAAUAUAGUGCGAGGCGUAUAUGGAUUUUAUAUACCAAUACCAGAGAAAAGAAGCAGCAACGCAUCUGUGGAGGGGUGUGGUUGUGUGUUGGGAUUGCGUUGCGCCGAUCGGCUGCGCCACAGCGCUAAUGCAGUGCGUUGCAAGGGCUGAGAUUUUCCAAUCGGAAAAUACCGGAAGUUGAAUAGCGACAGCGACGGUUCUGAGCUGCAAGUAUUAUGACGAGCAUAGAAAUCGGCGAGGAUCUUAUGAAAUAAUUAUUGCUGUCACGUUUGAUUAGUUAAUGAAUUUGCUAUACGCGCGUAAUGAACAAUGUGGAAAUUGGCGAGCGGAAUUUCGUAAAGUGAAAAUAAAUUGAAAAUGCCGACGCAGUAAAUUUACAAAUACAAAUUACUAAAAGUAACUAAACUUAUAAAUACUAAAAUAACCUAAAGUCAGCUAAAGUGAAAAAACUACAAAUAAAUUUUGAACCAACAGAUCUUACGACCACAGUAGCGAAAAUUGAAGUAAAAAAAAAAUAAAAUAAUAACCCAAGCACAGGCUAGUUCGCCAGUCAAAGUGUCAAAUUACGCCCAAAACAAGUUUUUGGCCGCGCAGUGUUGUUGUUGUUGCUAUUGCAGGCGGUUGACAAGAUUGUGAAGCAUUUUUUUUUAAUUAGAGCAGGCGGCGGGGAUUUCGGUUUGAGUUUGUGGUUAAACUGCUUUUAGCAUACACAUACAUAUGUUUAUAUGUAUAUGUAUGUGUCGGCUUGCAGGCUGUCCAACGAAACCUUGACCCUGUCAACCAAAACAGCAAAAACUAUAAAAACAAAGGCAACAUUAGCAAAGCCGCCACAACAAAAAUAAGUGAACUCAAUUAAAACAACAACACGCUUUUAGCAAGCGGCGACCGUAAGUAGUCAACGCCAUUAGAAUGUUGACCUGUCAAAGUGUGAACCGCUACACAUUUUAGACUGUAACUAGUAACACAUGGCAUUCAAAUGUCAAGUAAACUGUGAAAUAAACAUAGUAAUGCAGACUUGUAGCUAACAGCUUCUGGGCUUAAACGACGGGCGUGCGUUCAAACUGUGACCAACGGCCAUUUCGUAUGUCAGACGGUGGCAAAAUGUCGCAACGGUGUUAAUGGCAUAGCGGUCAGGUGUGUAAGAGUUUUAAGUAACGUGCGCAGACGAAUAAACAAAAAAAAAUAGUAAUAAUAUACAGUUAUUUCCAAAUGAAAUCGAAAAUGAAAGCAUAACGUGUAUUAAAGAUCAAACGGACUUUGUUGAGUUCAAACAAAAUAAAAUCGGUAGUAGACUAAAAAUUAUGGUUUUACUAUUCAAAUUCGUUGUCUGUGUCAAUGCUUUGCAUAUUUUGUUUAUGUGUGAUGAAACAUUUUGAAACCUAACCGCAACUUAAAUAGUUUAAAACCAAAAAAGUGCAAUUCAUUAAUUUCGUAGUGUUGAGCAUUUAUAAUGGCUGCUUAUGCGCAAUACAAUGGCUGCGGUUAUCCGUCGGCGAAUCAAUAUCUCACGGCUGGUGGUGCAUUAUCCAACCUGCAUCCCAUCUCGCAAUCUCCAUUAGCUGCCUCCACUCCUGCUCAUCUACCUGCCUCGAUCAGUCCACCCUCUAAUGGACACGACAGUAAUGUGAGCAGUGCUGGCGGUGGUGUCGGCGAUCACAAUAGCGGCACACUAACACCUGACCCCGCAUCGCAACCUUCAAAUACCGGCACACCCAGCGCGGCUGGUAGUAGUGGCAGCGCUAGUGGCAGCAUCGAUAGCAGUUCCUUGGAACCAUAUGGAACAUGUGCAACUGUCGAUCCAAUGUCGGGUAUACCGCCAACAUCAGCAGCACCGCAUCCGCUCUCCACCGCCGCAGUUUGCUGUGAUAAUGGUCGACCAGUUAUGACAGAUCCGAUGACGGGUCAAACGGUUUGCUCGUGUCAAUAUGAUCCCACACGUUUGGCGUUAAGUAGUUACGCUCGUAUGCAGUCGGCUGCGGCGGUGGCAGCAUCGGCAGGUGUACAAACACCUAGCGUGGGCGUGUACGGUACACCAUAUCCCUCGAAUGAGCAGAAUCCGUAUCCCAGUAUUAGUGUGGACAGUGGACCGUUCUACUCAAGUUUGAGUACUCCUUAUGCUUUGAAGGAUGGCAGUUGCAACGGUAGUGAGGUGACAACUUGGACGUCGACGGGGUUGCCACCUUCAACCGGUUACUAUACGUAUGAUCCUACAUUCGGUGCGUAUAGUUAUGGCGCCAGUUAUGAUUUAGCGUCGCGGCGUAAGAAUGCAACGCGUGAAUCCACUGCCACAUUGAAGGCCUGGCUCAGCGAGCACAAGAAGAAUCCGUACCCAACAAAAGGCGAGAAGAUCAUGUUGGCCAUUAUCACCAAAAUGACAUUGACACAGGUGUCCACGUGGUUUGCGAAUGCGCGCCGACGCCUCAAAAAGGAUAACAAAAUGACUUGGGAGCCAAAGAAUCGAACCGAAGACGAAGAUGAGGAUGCGCUGGGCUCAGACGAUGAGAAACCACGGCAUGGAGAGGACGUCAGCAUGAGCAGCGUUGGCUGUGCGGAACGCCGACGGCCACUCGGCAUGGAGUACCCAGGCGUUGGUGGUGGCGGCGCCAUAAACGUUCCAAUUGGCAAUAAUGCCACAGUUGCGGGGAGUACAGCGAUGCCUGCAGCAACCGGGGCCACGACGGCAGCAGGUGCUUUAGAUGGUGGCGUGAGUGGCGUGGGUGCAACAAUUGCGGCUGCGACGUCGUCGGCGUCAGCAGCAACCAACCAACAUUCCCACAUCGGCGGCACGAGUGUGGGCGCCGUUGGUGCAAUACAACCUGUAAAAGAUCUCUAUCAACAUCCCCAGCAGUAUUCACGCAAUCUCUUUUAUGGCAGUAGCAAUAAUGACAACGGCAGCAGUCAUAGUUUGCAUGCGCAUUUUCCACAAUUACAACAGCAACAACUACAACAACAUUCACAGCAACUACAGCAACAUUCGGCGCUAUCUGCACUAUCGCAACAUGUUGCUGAGAGCGCCAUUUGGCAGCAACACCAUUCGCAUACACAUCCAACGCAUUUGCAGCAAUAAUAAAUGUUGCUUAGCGUACGUCUGUCUGUGUGAGUGUGUAUAGAUAAAUUAUAAUUAAAUUACAGUGGGCAAUAGUGCAAAUAAACCAAAAAAAUAAAUUUUUAUAAUUAAAAAAUAUAGCAAAGUUUAUAAAAUUCUAAAAUAAUGUAUAAUUAAAGUGAAACACAGUUUUGCUCACAGUUUCAGAAAAAAUGGAUUGUGCAGAUCAUAUUGUUAUUUCUAAAAUAUAAUAAAUAAAUACAUAUAUAUAUAGAAGAAUAAGUAAGCUUUCAAAGUGCAGUACUUGUAAUAUAAAUGGAAAUAAAUUGUAAAAAAAUAAUGUAACUUUUUAGUGUAACUAAUAUAAAAAUAUAAUAUAAAAUGUGUAACUGUAAAUGCGUAAUUGUUUAAAAUAAUUGUUUAUAAACUACAUCAACUGUGUUUUGCAUUGUAAUACUAUGUGUUAUAUUUAUGUAUUUAUCUACUGUGUUUAUGCUUAAAUUUGCAACAAAAGUAUUUUUUAGAAAAUGUUUAAAGUGGAUAAUCUUUAAGAAAGCUAAAUAAUCAUUUUAGUGUAACUAAAGAGACAGCAAAACAUUAUGAUUUACUAUUAUAUAAUUUAUCACAUAAUAAGUAUAUCAAAGAAUAACAGUCGAGUUGUGGCAACACAUGUAUACAUAUUACAUAAAGUUAGUAAAAAGUAAAGAAGAAAUAUAAAGUUUUACAUUAAUUUGUAUUAGUAUAUAUCACAUCAUCAAUCAGGCACUCACAGUUUUACUUUUUAAGAACAAUUCCUCUACCAAAUUUCAAUUUUAACAUGAUAGAAAAUAUCAGAUUUAAUUUUAUUUUUGCAACAUGUUGCACAGCUUAACAUUCUUAUGUUUACACAAUCAAUUAUUAAAAGUUAUCAGUAGACCAGACACAUUAAUAUGUGAGGUUAUUUAAAUAAACAUUGAUUGACAAUUUCUUCAUAGAACUGAAGAUUUUUCAUAUUCUCGCAACAUGUUGCUGUACUCAUGAGCACAUUUUUCUUUAUAAUAAUUAUUUCCAGUAAUCCGUAAUCAUUAUAAAUUUUAAAAAUCACAUAAUAAUCGCAUAUAGCUGAGUUGACGAAGUUUGGCCGGAUAUAAAUCUAGGAAAUGGUUGAGAAUACAAAUUAUAGAGAUGCGUAAUGUUAAAAUUUUUGAUACAUACAACGCUCUGUAAAUGGUAGUAGUAAUUCGGCGAUAUCUCAUACCUAAAAGUCAAGGGCAUUACUUAAUUUCGAAAAAAGGAAGUUGUUGAAACAAAAUUAAUAACUGAAUUU